CCACUCUUCACGUACACUCACCCCACCAGAACACACCCCGCAUCUCUCUCUCUUCUUCUUCUCCUUCUUCCACCCGAUUCAAAGAUCUCCAUCUCAUUCUCACAUGAUUCUCCCUCUCCUCCUCCUCCGUUCGUAGCCAUGUCGUCGGAACCAACCACCUCUUCCUCUGGUGGCCCCGCCGCACCGAGGGACCCAACCAACGUGAUUCACCCACGCCGCGAGCCCUUCGAGCACGGCCUGUUACCAAUCCCGCGUCUCAUCUUCUCCGACCCGACGCAAACCCUAAUCUCGUUGAAGCAGAAGCUUCUAGAAUCGUCCUCCAACCACCGUGUAGGCUCCGCCGCCAUCGCCGAGUCGCUUCAGAUCUCCGUCGAACACGCUAGGCUUGUUCUCGAUACCCUUGCCUCCGUCCUCCACUCCGACGCUGAGCCUCUCGUUGCCGCUGGACUCGGAGAAACCGAUUCCGUUGGUGUAGAUGUUCAUGAUCUGGUUCUCUUCCUCUACAUUCAAUCGUAUAAGAGACUGCUUCCCCGGACGCACAAGGAUUCCGCUGCGGUUGCUGAUGUCUGGCCUUCAACCUCCGCCUUCGAUGGAUACUUGUCCGCUCUCUCUCCGCUUCAGCUUGUGCGCAGCAACAGUCGGCGGUUCAUGCCGUCGCAGAAUGAUGAAGAGGCGCACCAAUUGUUGUAUCUGCAAAAGCACUUGGCUAACAUUCUGUCUCUUCUGGCAGAGCCUGUGGAGGGGGAACCCGAAGAGUCACUGGUGUUAACCAUGGAUAGAUUUGAGCACCUUGGAUUUCUAUUUCAUUUUGGUGACAAGGGAUCUGAAGGAAAUUCUUUGAGUCAAUCUUCUCCGUUUUUUGCAAACUCCGAUCCUGACAUGCCUGCUGUUCCUGUACCUGCUGCUCAAGUUCAUGAUUGGCUUCUGCAGAAUAUAGCUUCUGCUCUAGAACAUAUUGCUGAACGGAAUUCUUCAAAGGAAAAUGGCCCAGCUAGUGCCUCUGAUCAGGAUGUUGCUAUGACUGAUGCAUGUACUGCCCCCGUAAAGGUCUCAUCAAGUACUAGAGGUGCAAGUUUCAUUGAAGGGAUCUCUAAAUCGUCAUAUGUGAAGCACGCAUCUGACAUUAAAGGUUCCUCUAUAAAGGUUCUAAAUUGCCAAGAGUCUAGCAUCUACAUCUUAGCACCUUUCAGAUAUGCCACUGUCUAUGGAUGUUCAGAUGCUACUAUAGUUCUAGGAGCAGUUGGAAAGGCUGUGAGAGUAGAACACUGUGAACGAGUACAUGUGAUUGUAGCAGCAAAACGAAUUUGUAUUGCUAAUUGCCGUGAAUGUAUUUUCUUUCUGGGGGUGAACCAGCAACCUCUUAUUCUUGGAGAUAACCAUAAGUUGCAGGUGGCACCUUAUAAUACAUUUUACUCCCAGUUGGAGGAGCAUAUGAAUGAAGUUGGAAUUCUGCCCACGGUGAACAGAUGGGAUGAACCUUUAGCAUUGGGCAUGGUUGAUCCUCAUGAUUCAUUAUCUCAUCCGGCAGGUGUCUCUGAUGUUCAAGCUGAGUCUGCUACACGGGUGGACCCUGAUCAGUUCACUAAUUUUGUGAUUCCAAAUGGGCUUGGAGGCGAGUCCACCGGGUCUACAAAAGUCAACCUGUUCGCAUUACCUGACGCUUAUAGGGCAUCUCAACAUAAAAAUCAAAAUAAUUUAAGGGAGAUAAGGCAGCUCUUAAGAGAAGCAUCUUUAGAAGAAAGUCGUAAACGCGAAUUGUCAUCGGCCCUCCAUGUGUACUUCAAGGAGUGGCUUUAUGCUUCCGGGAACAUUCGUCAACUUUACUGUCUACAUGGUGAUUGAUCUUUGUCAUACAAUUCAUGUUGCACAGUUAGUGAUGGUACAUGACCAUGGUUUCUGAUUCCUUUCUGAACCUCCUCCAUUCCUCUUGCCAAUUCUACUGGCUCCAUAGGUAGCUGCUGAGUUCAGAUUACGGGAAUUAGAAUUGCCCACCUAUUUAUGCCGUGACAUCACCGGUGCACAGAAUUACAGUUCCCAAUCUGAUUUGUAAUUUUUUGUUUGUGAAAAUAAUUACUGUAAUAUUUUGUUAGCCUAAAUUAAUGGCUUUGUGAAAAAUUCCACCUGCCAAGAUCUAGUGUACUGCAUGUCUUCCAACUUGGAGUUUUGUGCAUUUAUUUAAGAAUUUCUGGGAAUUUCUGUUGGGAUUCA